AUUCACCAUGGCUACCAUUCCCGUCAUCGUCAAACACCAGGGCACCAAGUACGAAGUCGAUCUCGACCCCGAAGCCACCGGAGAGACCUUCAAGUACCAGCUCUACUCUCUCACAAACGUCGAGCCCGAACGCCAAAAGAUUCUCAUCAAGGGAGGCCAGUUGAAGGAUGACACCGCCCUCUCCUCGCUCAAGGCCAAGCCUGGCCAGCAGUUCAUGAUGAUGGGCACUCCCUCUGGAGACGCCGCAUCUCAAGUUGACCGUCCCACCGAGAAGAUUCGUUUCCUUGAGGAUAUGACCGAAGCUGAGGCUGCUCAAGUUUCUGGCGCUACUCCCGCCGGUCUUCAGAACCUCGGAAACACCUGCUACCUCAACUCCGCCCUCCAGACCUUGAAGAGCAUUCCCGAGCUCGGAGACGCUCUCGUUACCUACAAGGACAGCGAGUUCGGUCUGGGUGGCCUCGGCUCCUCUAGCGACCUUACUGGCUCCCUCCGCGAUCUGUACAAGCAGAUGGGCGAGACCCAACAAGGCUUCCCUCCUCUCGUCUUCCUCAACGCUCUCCGCCAGAGCUACCCUCAGUUCAACCAAAAGUCAAAGGAUGGCCACGGCUACGCUCAGCAGGAUGCUGAAGAGGCCUGGUCCUCGAUCAUCUCAAUGCUUCGUCAAAAGCUCCAGCAGGACGAGUCCCCAUCGUCGUCUUCGGGUAACGUCCGUGGCAACAACUGGGUUGACAAGUUCAUGGCCGGCACGACCGAUUCAGUUAUGACCUGUGACGAGUCUGAUGCCUCCGAGGAGCCUAUCAAGGGUAGCGACGUCUUCUUCAAGCUCAACUGCAACAUCCGCGGUGACACCAACCACCUCCGUGAGGGCGUUAUGAUCGCCCUUGACGAGAAGAUUGAAAAGCGUUCCGAGUCCCUUGGCCGUGAGGCUACCUACACCAAGUCUUCUCGCAUCUCCCGCCUUCCCAAGUACAUGCCCGUCCACUUCGUUCGCUUCUUCUGGCGCAGAGACACUCAGAAGAAGGCAAAGAUCAUGCGCAAGGUUACUUUCCCUAUGGAGCUCGACGCUGUGGAGUUCUGCACCGAAGAGCUCAAGAAGAAGCUCAUCCCCAUUCGUGACCGCAUUCGCGAGGUUCGCAAGGAGCAGGAGGACGUUGAGCGUGCCAAGAAGAGACAAAAGAGAAUGCAGAAGGAACGCGACGACCUUGCCGGCAACGCCUCUGAGCCUUUGGAGAAGCGCAAGGAGAAGGAGCGCGAGACCAAGGCUACCGGCCCCGACACUGAGGCCCAGCUCGCCAAGCAGAAGGCUGUUGGCAUGAGCGCAUCCGGUGGUGAUACUGAGAUGGGCGGCACCGAGUCCUACAAGACCGAUGCCGAGAUUGAGAGAGAGCGUGCUGAGAAGAUUCUCGCCAUGAGAAAGGAUCUCCUUGCCAAUGUCUCCCCUGAGCUCGCUGCCGACGAGUCCGCCAACCAGACCGGUCUCUACGAACUGCGCGGCGUCAUUACUCACCAGGGCUCCAGCGCUGACAGCGGUCACUACACUUCAUACAUCAAGAAGACUGGUCGCAAGAACCCCGACGGCACUGUCGGCGAGGAGGACGGCAAGUGGUGGUGGUUCAAUGACGACAAGGUCAGCGAAGUCGAUGCCGAGAAGGUCGAGACACUGUCCGGUGGUGGCGAGAGCCACUCUGCUCUGAUCCUGCUUUACAAGGCUGUCGAGCUGCCUUCAAAGCAGUCGAUUGAGGAGCAGGAGAAGGCUUUGGCA